UCACGUCGGCGACACGUGGACCCAAGAUGGCGGCGGCGGCGGAGGUGUGGACGCGUCCUCUGCUGCUGCUGCUCGGCCUGGUCGCGGCCGCGGGCGCCUUCUACGUGCCCGGCGUGGCCCCCAUCAACUUCCACCAGAACGACCCCGUGGAAAUCAAGGCCGUGAAGCUGACCAGCUCCCGCACGCAGCUGCCGUACGAGUACUAUUCCCUGCCGUUCUGUCAGCCCAGCAAGAUCACCUACAAGGCCGAAAACCUGGGGGAGGUGCUCCGCGGGGACCGGAUCGUCAACACGCCGUUCGAGGUGCUGAUGAACAGCGAGAAGAAGUGCGAGGUCCUGUGCCCGCAGCCCCCCGCCGGGCCCCCGCCGCCCGCCCAGCCCGCCCAGCCCACCACCCUCAGCCGCGCCCAGAGCCGCCUGGUCGCCGAGCGAAUCCACGAGGACUACUACGUCCACCUGAUCGCGGACAACCUUCCCGUGGCGACGAGGCUGGAGCUGUACUCGGCCCGGGGGCCCGGCGGGGGACCUCCGGACGCGGACCCCGGCCCGGCCCGCCGCAAAGACAAGGACAUCCAGUUCGAGCACGGCUAUCGCCUUGGCUUCGUGGACGGCAGCAAGUUUUAUCUGCACAACCACCUGGCCUUCAUCCUGUACUAUCACCGCGAGGACGUGGAGGAGAACCAGGAGCCCACCUACCGCGUGGUCCGCUUCGAGGUGGUCCCUCAGAGCAUCAGGCUGGACGAGCUGAAGACGGACGAGAAGAAGUCCUGCAUCCUGCCCGACGCCGCCAACUCCGCCCCCCAGGAGAUCGAUCCUGCCAAGGAAAACCAGCUGUUCUUUACCUACUCGGUGCAUUGGGAGGAAAGCGACAUCAAGUGGGCUUCGCGCUGGGACACCUACCUCACCAUGAGCGACGUCCAGAUCCACUGGUUUUCCAUCAUCAACUCGGUGGUGGUGGUCUUCUUCCUGUCCGGUAUCCUCAGCAUGAUCAUCAUCAGGACCCUCCGCAAAGACAUCGCCAACUACAACAAGGAGGAUGACAUCGAAGACACCAUGGAGGAGUCGGGCUGGAAACUGGUGCACGGAGACGUCUUCCGGCCGCCCCGCUAUCCGAUGAUCCUCAGCUCCCUCCUGGGCUCCGGGAUCCAGCUCUUCUGCAUGAUCCUCAUCGUCAUCUUUGUGGCCAUGUUGGGGAUGCUGUCGCCCUCCAGCCGGGGGGCUCUGAUGACCACAGCCUGCUUUCUCUUCAUGUUCAUGGGAGUGUUUGGGGGCUUCUCGGCGGGGCGUCUCUACCGAACCCUAAAAGGCCAUCGCUGGAAGAAAGGAGCGCUCUGCACGGCCACGCUCUACCCCGGAGUCGUCUUCGGCAUCUGCUUCGUCCUGAACUGUUUCAUCUGGGGGAAGCAUUCGUCCGGAGCCGUUCCCUUCCCCACCCUGGCUGCCCUGCUGUGCAUGUGGUUCGGGAUCUCGCUGCCCCUGGUCUACCUCGGCUACUACUUCGGCUUCCGGAAGCAGCCCUACGACAAUCCGGUCCGCACCAACCAGAUCCCGCGCCAGAUCCCGGAGCAGAGGUGGUACAUGAACAGACUCGUCGGGGUCCUCAUGGCCGGGAUUCUGCCCUUCGGAGCCAUGUUCAUUGAACUCUUCUUCAUCUUCAGCGCCAUCUGGGAGAACCAGUUCUACUACCUGUUCGGCUUCCUGUUCCUGGUGUUCCUCAUCUUGGUGGUGUCCUGCUCCCAGAUCAGCAUCGUCAUGGUCUACUUCCAGCUCUGUGCCGAGGAUUACCGCUGGUGGUGGAGGAUAUUCCUCGUCUCCGGGGGCUCGGCCUUCUACGUCCUGAUUUACGCCGUCUUCUACUUCGUCAAUAAGCUGGACAUCGUGGAGUUCGUCCCGUCCUUGCUGUACUUCGGCUACACGGCCCUCAUGGUCCUCUCCUUCUGGCUCCUCACGGGCACGGUGGGCUUCUACGCGGCCUACGUCUUCGUCCGCAAGAUCUACGGAGCCGUCAAGAUAGACUGAGGCCCGGUUGGCGGGGG